UCUCACUAAUAAUAGAUCGAUAGAUAUACACAAAAAAAAAAAAAAAAAAGGAAGUAGUCCUCUUUUAUUUUUUUAUUUUUUAUCUGUUGAUUAGGGCCGGGAGGAAAGUAUUGUUGGGUUGGUUCCCUACCUGCGUUUUCCCUCCCACCCACCCCUUUGCAUGCAUUUCCGGGUUGGUACAGUGCCAUGUCAGCAGUGCCACGUCAGCAGUGCCACGUCAGCAACAGUGCCAUGUCAGCAGUGCCAUCAGCAACAGUGCCAUCAGCAACAGUGCCAUGUCAGCAGUGCCACGUCAGCCAGUGUGCCAAGUCAGCAAUAGUGCCACAUCAGCAACAGUGCCACGUCAGCAGUGCCACGUCAGUAGUGCCACGUCAGCAGUGCCACAUCAGCAACAGUGCCACGUUAGCAGUGCCACGUCAGCAGAGCCACGUCAGCAACAUGACGGGCUUAACUUUGGGCAUGCCAGGCCAACUGGCCAGCGAGUCUGUUGCCGACUACAAACAGCGGUUCCAGACUCAGCUCGCACUGAUCGAGGCUGAGGAACAGCGCCAACUGGCAGCCAAGGCUGCCCGCCGACAGGCUGAAGCAGCGGCAACAGCUGAGAAGCAGCGGCUACAGGCCGAAGCAGACGCAAAUACCCAGGCACGCCGCAAGGAAGCCCAGGAUUUGCUACAGCGGCAUGAAGCCACCAGCAUUGAAAGGCUCAAGUUUUGGCACUUUGAACCAUCCGAGGAGCACACUUGUAACCACCUGCAGUCCGAGCUGGCGAAUAUGCAGCGCGCCAUGCGGAACCAUAAGGCUCAGCAAGAGGAUGCAGCACGGGCACUUGAUUCCCGUAUGCAGGACUUGGAGCAAGUUGCACCAAGACCGGAGGCUGGCGAGUCCAGCAGUGCACCCUCUACCCGCCAACUGGAGGAACGCGUCGACCACGUCGUCGCAAUGCUCGGCGACAUCAGCACCUUCGCUGCGCCAACCACCAUCAGCAAACAGCUGGACACCUUGAAGGCCGAGGUCCAGCAACUGCAGCUGCCUAACAAGGAUGGCAACAACACAACACAUUAUAAGAUGCCGACAUUCCAAAUUGAGAAGUUCGAUGACUACACGCAUCAAGACCCGCACCUGUACAUUGGCGCCCUGUUUCUCAACUCAAAGCGCGGAUGCAAGAUCUGGUUAAGCCACCUGGCAAUCGUCCACGGCGUCGACGUCGCAAAUUUGAAGGAUAAGAUUUCAUGGGAAGAGCUAACACGGCUAUGGAAGAAGCGGUUCAUCAUGAGCGACGCACCUGCACUCGCCAUCAACCGUCUCUUCGGCAUGACGCAAGGCAACACAGCAACACGUGACUGGCUCACGGAAUGGCAGAAGAUCGCCGCAACGCCCGAUCUUGACUUGCCAUUUUCGCAUCUGCGCCGCGAGUUCUACAACAGGUCAUGUGCUGCAUUGAGCCUUGCACUUGGUGAUCGCGAGCAAUAUGGAACCUUCGUUGAAAUCAUUGACAAGGCGAGGGAGAUCAUCAAGACAAACAGGGCGGCUGCACACGAGAAGUCAUCAUGGCAGCCAACCUAUGUGGAGAAGGUGAGAACUGGUCCGCGACCGCAGCAUGUCGCUGCAGUCCAAUCGAACAACAUUGUGGAGGACCCGGCAGCCACCCAAGCGUCACGUGAGGGAGAUCAGGUGACUGCUGUCCAGCCGCGAAGCAACAACAAGUCCCGAGGGAAUGAGAAGGCGAAAACAGCAUCGCCGGCCGGAAACGGACAGCCAGCACCAUGGGUCAAGUUUCACUUGACCGAGGCCGAGUACAAGUACCUCGGCCGCUACGGCUGCUGCUAUUGGUGCAACAACACCACGCACAAGACCUCCCAAUGCUCGGAUGAAGGCAAGGAGGAUGUUCCGCCGCGCAGGAGAGUCGAGAUUGUCGACCUUCACGCCUACAUUGCGAAGAUCGACCGCGAGUUCAAGACACAAUGGUACGACGACAUCGACGCACUAUUGUUAUAUGUACGCAUUCAGAUUGGAGAGGCGACCUGCAGCGCUUUGAUCGAUUGCGGAGCAUCUCGCAACUACAUAAGCCAGGACUUUAUGGGCGGCGCCAAGUUCUUCUCCAAGCUUGACCUCAAGUCGGGAUAUCACCAACUCGAGAUUCGGCAGGAGGACCGUUACAAAACCGCGUUUAAGACGCGAUAUGGGCAUUUCAAACGGCUGGUUAUGCCAUUUGGCCUUACGAAUGCCCCGACCACUUUCCAAGCGGCUAUGACAAAGGAGUUCCGACACAUGCUAAAUCGAUUUGUACUUAUCUACCUCGACAACAUCCUGGUGUACAACUGGAGUCUAGACCUGCAUGUGGAGCACCUGCGCACCGUUUUGGAGCGGCUACGACAAGCCAGGUGCAAAGCCAACCGCGGCAAAUGCGAAUUCGCAUGGCAGGAGCUGGAGUACUUGGGACAUUAUGUGACGCCGCAAGGCAUCCGUCCGCUUGCGGACAAGAUCGAGGCCCUCCGCGUGCCAGUCGUAUUCGAUGACGACGCACGCCGGUCAUUCCAAGCACUUAAGACGACCAUGCUCAUGGCACCCGUCCUUGGCAUCUAUGACACCACCCUGCCGACGAGAGUGACAACUGACGCUUUCGGCUAUGGCAUUGGGGCAGUCUUGGAACAACACGACGGCGACGAAUGGCACUGUGUGGAGUAUUUCAGCCACAAAGUGCCUCCCAUCAACUCGCUUGAUGAUGUAAGGAAGAAGGAGCUGCUCUCGUUCGUGAUGGCUCUCAAGCGAUGGCGGCACUUCCUCCAUGGGCGUCAUAGGUUCACAUGGGUGACGAGCAACAAUCCAUUGACCUACUACGAGACGCAUUAUACGGUGAGCAGCACGAUCGGACGAUGGAUGUACUUCAUCGACCAAUUUGACUUCACACCGAAACAUCUCCUCGGCCUCUCCAAUCGCGCAGCAGAUGCAGUUUCGCGAAGACCUGAUCUUUGCGCUAUGACACAUCAUGCCUUCGCAUUCGACGAGGAACUUCAGGAACACUUCAUCCGGGGCUACAAGUCUGAUACGGAUUUCGCCACGCUAUAUGCGCAACUAUCCUCGGAUCACCCGCCGGCCAGCCACUAUCGCAUCGCCGAUGGGUACUUGCUCUUGCACUCGCGGGGCAAGGACUUACUAUGUGUCCCACGCAGCCGCCGUCUUCGGAUUCGCCUCCUCGGCGAGUAUCAUGAUUAGCGACUCGCCGGCCAUUUCGGAGUCAACCGCACUAUUGCACGGCUUCGACAACAAUUCCGAUGGCCCGACCUCAUCAUCGACGUCA